GUCAAGAGAGUUAUACCUGUCGUAAUUAGUGAAUUUAAAAUGCUUUGGUGGCAAUAUUUAAUAUAUGGAAAAAGAAAGAGCUUACUUGGAAACGUUGAAACAAGGGAUCAACCAUCUGGUCAUAUGGGUGAUGAAAUCGUUGGAUGUAUAGUAGGGAAGGUGAUAGAAAAUGACUUGGAAGGUGAAAAGAUGGAAUCAGCGUAUGCAGGAGGCUCAUUUAAUUCAUUAAUUGCAAAAGUCAGCGGUGACGGAUCAGGCAGGCAAAUGUAUACUAAUCGUGAUAAGGAAGAGAUCACGGAAGGUGGUAAGAUAUUUUAUGAAUGUGGCAGACCUGAUGUCAAAGGAACGAAUAAGAAACAUGGAAGUCGUGAUGCUAUAACAACUGAAGGCUAUGACGAACCAAAGACAGAACUUAAUCGUAAAAUGCCAUCCAAGAUCUGA